AUGGCCAGGCUAAGCCUUUUGUUGGCACCACUCUUCGCCGUGCUCCCGCUCGUUUCGGCCUUCCCGGCCCAACUGCCUGCGCGGGCCACUGCACCUGCACUACCAGUGGACGACCCUUUUUAUAUCCCUCCCGAAGGCUUUGAGUCCUCGGCACCUGGAACAAUCCUUCGGCACAGAACUCCCCCAAACCCAAUUGCAGCGCUCGGCUUCGCGAAAGUCAAUAUCCAGGCAGCACAUCAAAUUUUGUACCGCACAAGCGACUCCUCUGGCAAUGCCAUUGCAACAGUCUCCACCAUCCUGAUUCCCCACAAUGCUGAUUACUCCAAGUUGCUCUCCUACCAGGUCGCUGAAGAUGCAGCGGAUCCAAACUGUGCGCCUUCGUACGCCUUACAGCUUGAGGCAGCCCACGACGGGAUUUUGGGUCUGGUGAUCCCACAAGUGGAACUGUUGUUCUUCGGCGCAGCCCUUAAUAAAGGCUGGGUGGUGACAGUCCCAGAUCAUCUCGGACCUAAGGCAGCCUUCCUGGCCAACAACCUCUCCGGCCAAGCCGUUUUAGACAACAUUCGUGCUGCCUUGGCAUCCUCGAGCUUUACAAACAUCACUUCGGAUCCCACUAUCGCGCUAUGGGGCUACUCUGGUGGAAGUUUGGCCAGUGGAUUUGCCGCCGAGCUUCAUCCUACCUAUGCCCCCGAGCUAAAUAUCGUGGGAGCCGCACUGGGCGGUACCGUGCCCAAGAUUCGACCAGUCAUUGAUGCGGUCAACAAAGGUCUGUUUGUCGGACUCGUUCCCUCCGGCAUCCAAGGUCUGGCGAAUGAGUAUCCCGACAUCCAGCAACUUAUUAAUGACGGGCUUAAACCAUCGAAGAGGGCAGACUUUAACAAGACCCAGAACCCGUGUCUUUCCGGAGACAUACUUCAAUACCUCGGGCAGGAUAUCUACGAUUAUACGAACGAUCGGAAUAUCUUUGAUCAGCCGGCGGCUGUGAAAGUAAUGGACGCCAAUGCGAUGGGACAGCAUGUGCCCAAGAUCCCUCUUUUGGUGUACAAGUCGGUUGGGGAUGAGAUAAGCCCCGUGAAUGACACCGAUGCUCUUGUUGAGACUUAUUGUAAUGCUGGAGCCAGUGUCGAGUAUAAGCGUGAUGAGCUCUCUGAACAUGCAUCGCUCGAGAUCACAGGGUCUGCUGACGGUCUGCUCUGGAUUAUGGAUCGUAUGAAUAAUAAGCCCGUCCAACAGGGAUGUACUAAGUCUACUGCGGUCACUGGUCUUGCUGACCCUAAGGCUCUCCUAGCCUUGGGCGAUGAGAUCCUUACCCUCCUCAAGGCAAUCCUGGCGGGGCCGAUCGGUCCUGGUGUCGUCGGCUAA